GUUUCGAGGCCCGCGGGAAUCUUAUGGGGUUGGAGGAGGGGCGCGAGCGCGCGGGAAAUCGGGCGGGAAACGGCUAAAAAGGAUUAGGUGCGCGCGGUGUCGAUUCCUGAACGCUCGGUCGCGCGGCCCAGGUACCGCUGGUGCACGAGGGGAAUCCCAGGCCAUUUCAAAGCAGUAGAAGUUUUAAGUAUAGCAUUGAACAACCAGUUGCAAAUCCUGUUGUCAAAUCUUGUGCUGCUGCUAUCCCAAGUGGUAAUAGAUGCAUGCUACUUCUUUUAUUUAGAAGAAAUGAGUGUAACUAGUAUUGCGUUAAGAGUCGAAACCUGGCUUUUAGCUACGUGGCAUGUUAAGGUACCUCUAAUGUGGUUGGAAGCUUGUAUUAACUGGAUCCAAGAAGAAAAUAAUAAUGUUACUUUGAGUCAGGCCCAAAUGAAUAAACAAGUAUUUGAGCAAUGGCUCCUUACUGAUCUGAGAGAUUUGGAGCAUCCUCUUUUACCUGAUGGUAUUUUAGAAAUUCCAAAAGGAGAACUGAAUGGAUUUUAUGCUUUGCAGAUUAAUUCCUUGGUUGAUGUAAGUCAACCUGCAUAUUCCCAGAUACAAAAGUUGAGAGGAAAGAAUACAACAAAUGAUCUGGUUACAGCUGAAACACAAAUAAUACAAAAACCUUGGGAAGCAAAGCCUUCACGAAUGCUGAUGCUGCAGCUCACUGAUGGGAUUGUACAAAUGCAGGGAAUGGAAUAUCAUUCUAUUCCAGCUCUUCAUAGUGCUCUUCCUCCAGGAACAAAAAUUUUGAUUUAUGGAAACAUUUCUUUCCGUCUUGGUGUUCUCUUACUGAAACCAGAAAAUGUGAAGGUGUUGGGAGGUGAAGUAGAUGCUCUUUUGGAAGAAUAUACCCAAGAAAAAGUACUUGCAAGAUUAAUCGGAGAGCUUGGUCCUGUAGUUCCAGCCAUACCAAAUAAUUCUAACCAGAACAUCCCAAGAGUUACAGACGUUCCAGAUCCUGCAUUAGAACCUUCUGAUGAAGAGCUCUUGGCAAGUCUUGAUGACAGUGGUGAGCUUGCAACAAAUAAUGACACAUCUUUGGAAAGAAGAUGUUUCAACACGGGUAGUUCCUCAAAUACUAUUCCCACAAGACAGUCAGGUUUUGAGCCAGGAUUUGAUGUUUCUCCAAGACCACAGGAGAAACCAUCAAACCAGUCCGUGUAUUUCACUGAUGGGGAAUUAGAUGACUUUUCACUGGAGGAGGCCCUGCUUUUAGAAGAAACUCUCCAGAAAGAACAGAUGGAAACUAAAAAGUUGCAGCCAUUGACUUUGAACAGAAACACAGAUGAAAGUAUAGAGAGAUUUUCAAAUAAACCUAAUACAACAAAUAAUUUUUCUUUGGACUGUAAAAAUGGAAAUAAUAAUUGGAAUAAAAACAAUCUAUCUGAACAAAUGACUAAAGAAGACACAUCUUUUGAUUGUCCAUCGGUUAGAGACCAGAACAGUUUUUCAGUUCAUUGUAAUACAGUCCUUGCCCAUGAUUUUACAAAUAAAAAUAAGAACUCAGAGAUAGAUAAUAAAAUAAAACCAAUUAUUAGCAAUUCAGAUGGACAGUCCUUUAAUGAUAGAAUACUAAAUAGAGAGCUGGUCAACUGUGGGCCAAAAAGGGGUUCACAGAUUUCUAAUGAAAAUAGUCACAACUUACAGAUUUGCUCUUUCAGAUCUUCAGAGAAUAGAACUGAUCUUUCUAUUACCAUGGAUUUGUACUCUCCACCCUUUAUCUAUUUGUCUGUUCUAAUGGCCAGCAAACCAAAGGAAGUCACAACAGUGCAAAUCAAAGCAUUUAUUGUAACUUUAACUGGAAACCUGUCAAGUUCUGGUGGUAUUUGGAAUAUAUCUGCGAAGGUUUCUGAUGGUACUGCAUACCUAGAUGUAAACUUUGUAGAUGAAAUACUUACUAGUCUUAUAGGGUUUUCAGUACCAGAAAUGAAACAGUUAAAAAAGGACCCUCUGCAGUACCAAAAGUUCCUGGAAGGUUUGCAGAAAUGUCAGCGAGAACUAAUAGAUUUGUGCUGUUUAAUGACUAUUUCAUUUAAUCCUUCCUUGUCUAAAGCAGUGGUACUAGCAUUACAAGAUGUUAAUAUGGAACACUUUGAGAAGCUAAAGAAGCGGUUGAAUAAAUAAUUUACUCAAAUAGUAGUGGAGAACCAUUCAAAACAACACAGAUACUUAAAUUUACUCACAAUUUUACUUUUAAAACUUUUUCCAUAAAAACGGAAAAAUUAAAGUUUCGUAGUUUAGCUCAGUUUAAUUUUAAAUGUUUAAUCAUGUUUGUUAUAUGUAUAUGCUUUUAAAAUUAGUCUUUUUAUAGUAACUGUUAGAUGACGAAAUUAGGUGACCUACCAUUUUUGAGAAAUUUUUUUUCUGCUUGUCAUGUAAGAUGAUUGCUAAAGUAUUGUACUCAUGUUAUUUGAUGAGUCCUGUUAUUGAAAUUACUCAUUAUAAGUAGGUAGUUUUACUUCUAAUAUAUUGAGUACUCCAGAAGAUUUAUUUAUAUUGUUAUUUUUAGAGAAAAAUUAAAAUCCAGUGGUUCAGAACAUCAGGCUUUCAGAUGCAAAUUGCUUUGCUUUUAUUUUGCUAAUUGUAAAUAUGUUUCUGACGUAUUAAAGAUAAAUCUU